ACAGCAGCAGCAUCAUCAUCAUUAGCAGCAGCAGCAUCAGCAGCAGCUCCCUGCUAACAGCUGAGCUCAGCCCGGCUAACUGGCGCCGAUGACUGGCUCUUUCACCGACAUCGAUUUCCAGUGGGAGGAGGCGCCAUGGCCGGAAAGGUGAAGUGGGUGACAGACAUUGAAAAAUCAGUGCUGAUCAACAACUUUGAAAAGAGAGAUUGGAUUCAAGUCUCAGAAAAUGAGGACUGGAACUUUUACUGGAUGAGCAUCCAGACCAUCAGGAACGUCUUCAGCGUGGACACGGGCUACCGCCUGUCAGAUGACCAGAUGGUGAACCACUUCCCAAACCACUAUGAGCUGACCAGGAAGGACCUGAUGAUCAAGAACAUCAAACGCUACCGCAAGGAGUUGGAGAAGGAGAGCAGCCCGCUGGCAGAGAAGGACGACAACGGCAAAUACAUUUAUCUGGAUUUUGUCCCUGUGACCUUCAUGCUUCCGGCCGAUUAUAAUUUGUUUGUGGAGGAGUUUCGUAAGAAUCCGUCCAGCACCUGGAUCAUGAAGCCGUGCGGGAAGGCCCAGGGCAAAGGCAUCUUCCUCAUCAACAAACUGUCACAGAUCAAGAAGUGGUCCAGAGACAGCCGCACCUCCACGUUUAUGGCGGCCUCUAGUGGUAAAGAAGCGUAUGUGAUCUCUCUGUACAUCGACAAUCCUCUGCUGAUAGGAGGGAAAAAGUUUGACUUGCGUCUGUACGUUUUGGUGACCACCUAUCGGCCUCUGAAGUGCUAUAUGUACAAGCUGGGCUUCUGUCGCUUCUGCACAGUGAAGUACACGCCCAGCACAAGUGAACUGGAUAACAUGUUUGUACACCUCACUAAUGUGGCCAUCCAAAAACAUGGUGACGACUACAACCACGUUCACGGAGGCAAGUGGACGGUCAGUAACCUGCGUUUGUACCUGGAGAGCACCAGAGGGAAGGAGGUGACCGGCCGACUGUUCGACCAGAUCCACUGGAUCGUGGUGCAGUCGCUGAAAGCUGUGGCUCCCGUGAUGAACAACGAUAAGCACUGUUUUGAAUGUUACGGGUAUGACAUCAUCAUCGAUGACAAGCUGAAGCCAUGGCUCAUCGAGGUCAACGCCUCUCCCUCGCUGACCUCCAGCACGGCCAAUGACCGCAUUCUGAAGUACAACCUCAUCAAUGACACCCUCAACAUCGUCACACCUAACGGGGAAAUCCCAGACUGCCGCUGGAACCGCAGCCCGCCUCGUGAAGCUCUGGGCAACUAUCAGGUUCUCAGGUACGAUGAGGAGCAGGCACAGAGCGAGAACGCCGAGCGUGACCUGCGGAGUCGCUCGGGUCAGUCGCUGGGGUCAAAGGGCACCAAGGGGAGUGCAGGAGUUCGCGUCUCUGCCGCCACCUGGAAGUGAGGUGAUAUUAUUCAACGUACAACGUAACAGGGUCCAACAGAGCGGCUGUGUCUGUCCAUGUUUCACUGACUGAGGCACACGGGGCAGAGAGUUCAAAGGUCAGAGCCAAAUCACGCUUUCUUCUAAACCCCCGCGGCAACAGUUUUUAAUCCAGACCAAACCCUUUAAACCAAAACCUGCUACCAGAUCUGAAAAGACCCGGACAGAGGACAGCGACAGUUUGAGCUGCACGUGGCAACAAAAAAGAUGAUUAACCACAUGAACUAUGCACGAUGACAUUCACUGGACUCAAAGAUAUGACGUUUGAAGAAAUGUGUUCUUCAUGAACAUUCAUCACUUUAUUUACAUGACCCGUUUCCCAUGAUGCAUUUUGAGUUGCACUGCUGACGUCACCACAGCUUCACUGCUUCACAACUGAAAUACUGAAUAUCUGCAUUGAGCAUUGAGUCUAAAUCAGAAUAUUCUAACACAUUCAGACUGUUCUUAGGUCGGUUUAAGUCACUGAUUCAGUCAUUAAUAAUAAUAAUAAUAAUAAUAAUAAUAAUAAUAAUGAUCAUUCAUGUUAAAUCUUCAUUGUCAUUGUGUUUAAUAUCUGUAACAAAAACCUUUUGAUUAAAAUGGUUUUAUAUAAGGAUUUGUUGCCUUACUAUAUGACUUUUAUGUGAUCUCAUUUCAAUGUUACAAAACAAACAAACAUAUGAAAUGAUUUGGUGAUUAAAUGCUGCUUUUGUAUGAUGA